CGCAUUCAGCGCGUGGACGCACUGUGCUUGUUGUAAAACAGGAAGCGGUGUGGCGGUAGAGGAAAGUAGCUAGCAUUGUGGCUAACGUCAUUGGAGACUGAGUGCCGUCAAACGGAGUGACAACAGAGUAGUUUCGGAGGAAAAGCUGUCGCCACGCCGUCGAGUUCAGCUUGGUUUAAACGUGUGGUCGCCAUGUCAGAGACAUACGAUUUCCUGUUUAAGUUCCUUGUGAUUGGCAGUGCAGGGACUGGGAAAUCCUGCCUCCUUCAUCAGUUUAUUGAGAACAAGUUCAAACAAGACUCCAAUCACACCAUCGGCGUGGAAUUUGGUUCAAGGGUCGUCAACGUUGGUGGAAAAACAGUCAAACUGCAGAUCUGGGAUACAGCAGGACAGGAGCGCUUCAGGUCUGUGACUCGUAGCUAUUAUCGGGGUGCCGCUGGGGCUCUUCUUGUCUAUGACAUCACAAGUCGAGAGACCUACAAUGCUCUGACUAACUGGCUGACAGAUGCUCGGACACUGGCCAGCCCCAACAUUGUCAUCAUCCUUUGCGGAAACAAGAAAGAUCUGGAUGCAGACCGUGAGGUCACCUUUCUGGAAGCAUCUCGUUUUGCCCAAGAGAAUGAGUUGAUGUUUUUAGAGACAAGUGCGUUAACUGGGGAGAAUGUUGAAGAGGGUUUUCUCAAAUGUGCCCGCACGAUUCUUAAUAAGAUUGAGUCUGGUGAGCUUGACCCUGAAAGAAUGGGCUCUGGUAUCCAGUAUGGUGACGCAUCCCUGAGGCAGUUGAGGCAGCCACGUGGCACUGCUGCACAGACCAAACAGCAAUGUAACUGCUAGGGAUGGGACACACUCCCUCUCCCCACACACAACCUCUCCUGCUUCAGGUGUGUCUGGGUGUCGUUGCCCCCCCCAAAAAAAACCUGCUGAGACACCUAGAAACAUCCGGAUCACUUUUUAUGGAGUCCAUCUGCAAACUGAAUCUGCAAUCACUGAGCUUUGCAAGUUGCUUGGAGGUCAUGGAAACCACCUCAGAUAAACUAGAGGAAUGGUAAAGGUGGUGCGGAGGAUUCUUGCAGAUUUAACCUUAUCCUGUGAUUCCUCACAUUGUUCAUGUAGAGUACAUAGUCAUCAGCCUAAUCUCUGUGCACUGGGCUAAAUCGUAGAUGAUUUACAUUCUCUAUAUAUUUCAUACAGUGUCACCUACAUCAGCGCAUUAGUUGACCUGCGUAUCCCCUGUUUAAAUUAAGUCUUAUCCAGAUGUUAGGAGAUAUUAACAACAGGGUGGCUGGUUGGAUCCAGGCUAAACUAGUUAUUCUACGUGCACAGACCAGUUUUGGAGAAAGUUUACUGUUUCCAUGAAUACUGCAUCCUUGCCCUGGCUUUGAGAUGAUCUUGCUCAUACGGAAAAAUCUGUGUAUUUAGUGCCGGGGCAGUAAAUGUAGGCUUAGCCUUAUAUAAUUCUAUUUUCUAUAGAUCAUUGCAUCACUUAUGCACCUAAAAAGAAAAAAAUUGCAGCUGAGAACUCUUAAGCACAAAGGGAAGAUGAUUGAUCUGCCCCUCCUGAAUUGUUGAUCAUUAUCUAGUGCAUAUCAGCGGUUUACUGCAGAACGGCUUGUGUAGGUUUUCACACUUUACACUGCAUUAUUAGCUGCUUUACUGUGUGAUGUAUCUGACCUUUUGGAUAUAGAAUAGAUUUUAUUGUAUUUUAUUGAUUUAUCCUUAAAAAUAGAAAAACAGCUUGAUGUCUUAUAGUUCACUGUCUCCAAGCUGUAACAUGGCCCCAAAAUAUAGCACUAUUAUAUGAAGUUACAAGGCUAGGAAUUUUUUUUUUUUUUUUUUGCAAAGAAAUUUAGAAAAAUGCAGAAUAAAGAUUUAGGAAGCUUUUUGCCCUGCAUGGUCAGUCAAGAGCCAUCACGCAACCAGAGGGACCAGAAAUCAUCUUCACAAGACCAGAUGAUUUCACCAAGACACUCAACCAGGGGAAUGACAGUAUGAAUGGCUAGAUUUGUUUGUUCUUCCUUUCUCACACUGAUCCUUUUUCAGCUUCUGUAUCAUAAAUAUUGUGAUGUGCUGGUCUCUCUCUCUCUCUCUCUCUCUCUCUCUCUCUCUCUCUCACACACACACACACACACUCUCACUCUCACUCUCUCUCUGCAAGUGCACUUUUUGACUGUUAAUAUACUGUACCUAUAGAAUUGUAAAAUUUGCAGUAAUCUAAUUAUUACAUAGUGACAAUUAUUUUAAGGAGUAAUCAUUCCUUACUAAACAAGGAUCAAGUUUAAUCCAGCAAAUGGUCUAAAAUUAUGAUACUGUUGUUAACUGAUGUAGUUGGUGAAGACUGUGAAAUGCAAAAGCAGUUUAAUUAAAUUUUCACACCGCCUGCAAAGCCCCGGUUCACCGACUAGACGCCUAUGUGACUCGAGUGCUAGAAAUCAUUCAGUGGGGUUCCAUUUAACUUCGACUUAACCUGUUCUGAAAUGUUGUACAGUAGCUGGGUAUUUACAGACAAUAAAUCACUUGACAAACAGCAUUUCUCAACAGUAAAUUAGCACACAUGCUUCAGCAGAUUGAUUGUUCCUGUAAAUUAAAAGAUCUUAUACAUAAAUCAAACAGCUAAAUGCUCAACACAUACUGCUAACCAAAAAAAAAUGAAACCUGGUUUAUUUUUGUUGAUUUUGUCAGCCGUGUCUCUGACUACAUCUGUCUUCACUCUGGAGUUUAAAGACUUGCUCAUGUACUGCAGAAAUUCAUGUGUUGCUUAGCAACCAGUGUGGUUUUUGUUCAGCCAUGAAUACUGUAUAUCUGAAUUAUCCAUGAUGUAAAUAAUGAACUUGUCUAUUUGAUUGUUUUGGGCGGAGGGUGCUUGUUAAAUUUUAAAGUUCAACUACUCUAAGUAAAGUUUGCUUGUUUUUUAUGUUA